AUGGACCGACCCGAGUCGAGGGCGAAGCGAGCAGGGGAGAGUAAACGGGAGAGCGAGGUCGAAGACGUCGGCGAGAAAAAGGCGAGAGACGCAGAUGCAAGGCAAGAAGGCGAUUGGGAAUGUGGUGGCGGGUUCGUGAUGCUGCUCCGCGUCGUUGUUUGUGCUCUGUCAAGCCUCAAUGUCCAAGGCAGCGUCGGUGCCAGCAUCCGUCGGCAGCAUCGUUUCCGAGGACGGCGAGAUCCAAGACGCAGAGGUUCGUGUUCAAUGGCAAAAGAAAGCAAGAAGCGAGAUGUCAGCGACAGUGUGCGUGAGAAGGAGAAGAGAGAAGAACGGGCGCGCGAAAAGACUUUGGCGAUGACAUGCGGUCGUUCGAUUGUCCGGCCGGCUAGUGUCUCGAGAUCGGAGACAUGGGAUGGGGAGAAUCCGGGGUAA